GUCUUGUCUUUCCCAUUGGUUUUCUUACCUCAAGUGUCUGUCUGUUUUGUUAUAAUAUACAUUUCUUUUGUUACUUUGGCCUGGACUUUUCUAAGCCAGUUUUGGGGGUUUUUUAAAAACAUUUUUAAGCGUGCCCUACAAGACCAGAAGAACAACACACAGGCUACGUUCAAGGAUUUGGCGCCGUAAAGAAGAUGCCUCUUCCAAACAAGGAUAUCAAAAAGACGGAUUCCGGCAAUCUCAAACCAAACGAGAAGAUCCUUGCACCAUGGGAUGGCUUUGACUACGUUUAUAUCGUGGUCUACAACAUUCAUGGGCAGGCACUGGGGAAGUUUGUGCAUGUCAGCGCCAUGGAAGAGAUAAUGGAACUUGGGCAAAGUGUGUACGCAGGGGUCUGUUUUAGCACGAUACACGGAGUCACAGUAGUGAACCCAAACAUCGUCAAGAGGUACAAAUUCGGCAGCAAGUACAUGAAGCCAGACUUGUCCACUCUGGUGCCCAACGCUACGCCUGUGUGUCGGGGAAACAACAUUGGUCACGUGAUCUGUGACCUACUACACUGGGACGGCAGUUUGGAUGUAUCCAGUCCUCGGACAUGCGCACUGCUGCAAUUGGACAAGCUCCUGAAGCUUGGUCUGACGCUGAAGUCUGGGAUCGAGUUCAAGUUUACCAUUAAAGGCCUCAAGAGUAAGGCGGACAUGGAGAGGGAGAGUCGUUUUGCAGCCACCAGAGAAAUCGGUGUCUAUCAAGAGCUUUUCUUGGAGUUCAUGGACGAAAUGAAGAACAUGGGUGUUAUCAUCACGAGUGUACAAACUGACGCAGGACCGUCAGGGUUUGAAUUCACCUGUGCACCGUGUGACGGGAUACUUACAGCAGAUAACACAUCGCGUCUUCGAAAUGCGCUGGAGGUAUAUCUUAAAAGAAAAGGCUUCGAGAUUUCUUACUUGACCAAUUUUACUCUGGAAUCGGUCCCUGUGACACAACAUUAUAACUUCAGUCUGUGGAAAUCUGACGGAACGAAUGCCAUGGCGCCAGUGGACGGUGAAAAGAGUGCUGACUAUCUGUCUGACAUCGGAAGGCAUUUCCUUAAUGGGCUUUGUCACCAUGGUCCAGCACUGGCAGCUUUUGGGUUACCUACUGUACACUGUUACAGGCUUAGUCGUUUUAAAGCGUGCCCAAGCUAUUUCAACUACGGGUGGAACGACAAAACCAAGUGCGUCCGUUUGAGAGGAAAGGAAGACAACACCAUGUGUGAAUACCGACUGGCGUCUCCUCAGGCUAACCCCUAUCUCGUCUUCCCUUCCAUUGUGGCCGCUGGAAUAGAUGGAAUCAUAAGAAAACUUGAGAUGCCAGACCCCGUUCUCCCUGUGCCCGGUGACCUCCCUUCCGCUCUCAGUGCCCUGAAGAAGGACAGCGUGAUCAUGGAGGCCAUGGGGGAAGAACUCGUCAAUGCCUUCGUCUACAUCAAGACAACCCACGAGAUAGAGCCCCUGAUGGCGGGGGAGACGGCAAGCGACGAAGAGAUGCUCAAGAGAGAGAUGGAGUUCUACUGAAUACAGACAGUUCUUACCACAAGCCAAAACUCAUUAAGGGACAAACUGUUGGUCUAAUACUGGUGCCCUUAGCAUGAUCGGGUCGGGUCCGGUCGGUUUUCUAUCCUGAUUGGGGGCGCAAAGCAGGUGCCGGGGCACAAACCGAUUGCCCAACUUGUCGCCUCAAAAACAAAGACGUUUGUUGUCUGGCAACGAGUCGGGCAAUCGACCCGACCCGACCCGAUCCGACCCGAUCCAAUCCCAUCGGCAAUGGACACCCGCUAUAAGGUAGCAACGAUUUGUAGAUAAGGAAGAAACUGAGCCCAAAGUAAAAUUAUGCAGGGCAAAGGACUCUGACUGAAGCAGACAUGGUCACUAGGUGUGACCUCUGGCUAAGUCAAAUGAAAAAGUGCAUUGAGAUAAACGGUUAUUAUCUUGAAUAGAAAACAUGUUUCUGUUGGUAUUUCCAUUAUUACAUGUCUGUAAAACAAAAAAUUUUCAUUUUAUAGAACAGGGAAACUUAUUUCUGGGGACAGACCUCGUAGAUGUUUUUUAGGCCCUAUCAACACAGUUUAGAUCAUUUAGGACGCGGUCUUCGACCCUGCCUGUCAGAGUCAACUCGGGCUAAGAAGAAUACCCCGUCCCAACACAAAAACCUGACACACUGGAAAAAGUUGUUCUCACACGGAUAUGGAACUAACUUUUAGGACCGCUACUUUGCAGACGCCGAUCCGGUGGCGUUAAAUUGAGGAAGAGUGAAUUUACUGUUGAAGGAGAUACAUGGCUGUAAAUAUUAAAGUGCAAGCUAAAUUAGCUUUGUAUCGGGGGAGGGGGGGGGGACUUUUUCUUUGUCCAAAAAUGUGGCUUUUUGUUUGCCUUAUAAAACCCUUGGAAGAAUGAAGUAUCCAAAAUCUCAACGUACGUAUUUUAAAAGGUCGGCUGAAAUUAAUACUCCAGUAUUCGAUCAAUGGUCCACGAUGAAAAACGCUGUGCAACGAAUGUUGUCAAUUCUUAUGGAAAUUAAUGUGCUGAUACCAAAUACACUGUUAAUUUCCGUCGAUCAA